AUGUACCAAAAUAGUUUUUCUAAAAUCGAUAUAAAAGGCGCAAUUGAUAAAGAUAAAAAACGUAUAUCUCAAAUAAUCGAGAACGAAGAUAAAAAACGUAAAUCUGAAAUAAUCGAGAACAAAGAGAACAACAAUGUAGAACUAAUUUUCAAAGUGAUACAAGAAGAAAUAGAGACUAUAUUACUAAACGAACUUAUCUACAUGCCUUUCCAACAAAAGAUAAAGGAAUACAUUCGGAAUAAAAUUCAAGAAUUAGAAUUAAUUCCUGAUAAAAUGUCAAAAAAAUAUAACAAAAAAAAAAUUUCUGAAAAAAUUUCCAACGAGAUGUCCAAAGAAAUUUCUGAUAUUUUUAAGUCAGAAAUUAAAAAUAUUUUGGAGAAGAUAACAACGGAGACUUUGGAGAAAUCUAAGGCAAAUCAAUUUGAUACGAAAAUGACACAAUCUGACAUAAUAGAGUCAUCUGAUAGCAAUAUGACACAACCUAAAAUAAUAACGGAGUCUUUGGAUAAAAUCAAUAUAAUUGAAAAUGCGCUAAAUAACCCAAAAAAUAAUGUUAGUGGAAAGUUAACAGAUAUUUUUAUGAAAUGUGUUAAUGAAGUGGCUGCCAGUAAUGAAGAAGUGAAUACUACGGCACUGUUAAUGUAUAUUCUUUUCAUAAUUGCUGACAGUGAUUCUCUGAUAAUUUUGGACGACAUGACGGAAAAUUUUCUGACUAAGAAACAACUUAGACUGGCUUUAAUUCGAACAUCCAUAGAUAUUUUUAUUAAAAGUAUUCCACUUAUUACCAUCAUGGUAUGUUAA